GUAGCAUUCAAGCCGCGUGGUUCAUCACAACUUUACCUAGCGUGCUUCACCAUUUUAUAACUUUGACAGGUGAAAUUGUGCCAUUUCAAACUUCAAACUGGAUAUUUUCACCAUGAAGGACUGCGGGGAAAAGAUAAGGAAUAAGAGAGUAAGAGAAAAAGGUUCCAAGUCUUGGAUGAGUGAUGAAUAUGAUUCUGGGGAUGGCAAACGAAGGGGAGACUCAACACUUGGUUUGGAGUCAAGUAUGAAGAAAAGGAGAGGAAAUCUUCCAAAAGAGGCAGUCAGGAUAUUAAAAGGCUGGCUAUAUGAGCACCGGUAUAAUGCUUAUCCUACAGAUCAAGAAAAAGUCUUCUUGUCAAAUGCUGCUAACUUAACUGUUCUUCAAGUUUGUAAUUGGUUUAUUAAUGCAAGACGCAGAAUUCUACCAGAAAUGAUAAAGAAAGAUGGAAUGGACCCGCUUCACUUCACUAUUACGCGGAAAACAACUAAAAAUUCAUUUGAUCAGAACGAAUUUGAAGAAGGAAAAUACACACCACCAGUGUUCGAUGGACGUAAAUUUGACAAUUCAGAGGACAGUUUGUCAUCACGUGACUCAAUUUAUCCAGUAUCAAUGGAAACAGAUGGAUAUGUUUCAGAUAGUGAUACCUCUCUCAGUGAUUUUUCCGACACAGAAACUCUAGCUAAAAAUGCACUCAACAAUCCUCAUUAUACUAACACUACUUCAACUCCCCAUAAUGUGAAAUACACACCCCAACAGGGUGCCUUGUUGACAUUUAAUGACAGUACUGUGAAUAACACCCCACCCCCCUCACCUCCUACAGAACCAAAUAAAGAUAUUUUCAGGUGUUUUUACAUGUUAGUAGAUGUGGCUAUUAAUCAGUUAGAGAAACAGAGGCAGUUGGAAAAAGCUGAACAUAACAAAGAAAAUAGUUUAUAAAGUUGACUAUACCAUGUGUGUCUAAAUAACGAACUUAUAAGUGGGUUAUGUCCCUUGACAAUGUGUGGCUUUACUACCAUGUGCUUGACUGCUAAUAGUUUGGGCUUGUCAGAUAGAUAAAGCCUUUGUGUUAUAAUAUAUGGAAAUAUAUGCUGACCUCACUGCCGAUGUAUUGUUAAUAUUUUUUACAUUUUAGAGUUAUUGUGGUUAAAAUGUAAUUUGAAUGACAAGUUUUAUAAACAGUGUGAUUUCAUUGAUAGUUUGAAUUCAGCCUUAAUUUAGCCUUUUUAAGGAUAAUUAUACAAAAGCAAUUACAAGUAUGAAGGUGAUCAAAAUAUAAGUAUGUUUUUCUAGUCCAGUCAUUUUUUACAAACUAAUUUUUUUAUAGGGUUUCAAACCACAGUGGUCCUUUGAUAAGAUAGUGCUAUUUUUCUUUAUAUUGUUUUCCCAUUCAAAAUAUUCAUUCCAAACAUUACAAAAUCCAUAAUUAAGUAUAAAAUAGAUAUUCAUAACAACUCAUAUCAUUCUUUAGAAUCCCAUCCUGUAUAGUUUUUAUUAGUUAGCAUUUAUAUUUUUGCAGUAAGUAAAUUUGAAUAGCUGUGCCUUCAACAAUCAAUUUGGAACUAGACACUUAUGUGCUGAAGUGCAAGAUAAAAGUUUUUGAUCAUGUGACCAACUGAACACGUGUGUUAUUGACUUUUGUAUUGGUUAAUAAAUGACAGACAAUUCAGAUAUACUGUGUUGCUGUUUAAUAAUGUAGAUACCUCACUUUGUGCCUCAAAUUUUAUUGACAGGUUAUAGUAAUGUUAUUACUCAUCUGAUUCAUUGUUUGUUGUUUUAUUAUAGGUUAUAUCAUUUCUAUUACUUUCCAUUAUGUGUUAGUAAAAGAUUUUGUAUAUAGUAAAAUCUGAGCACCAUUGGGUAGAAAAGAUCCCAAAUAACUGAUUGAAUAUGAAUAGUAAUUAUAAGUACUAUGACCUAUAUAAUGAUGUUAAUUAUGUUAUUGUAUGACUAAUUGUGUGAAUAUGCUAUGUUAUAAUGAUUGGGUGUUCAGCAGUACUUGUCAUGUCUCUCAAAUCUUCAAUGUUAUUUCUUUAAUGUGAAACAGUUGAUAAUAGACCUAUAGUGUUUUCUAACAUUGGUAAACUUUGUAGCUCAUGCUGUCAUGGAUAUCGAAAAUAUUUUUUGUACUUUUAUACCCAAAUUAUUAAGUUACAUCUCAUAUUCUUCACUUCAUUAAUGACCCUUAUAUAAUGACAACUUAUAUAUAUGUUUGAUGUGUUUACAGUAGACCUAUCAAGCCAGGUCAGCAGGUGUUUCACUUCAUCUUUAAGGCAUUAAUCCUAAACAGUGCUAUCUGAACAGUUUUAUUGUUAUACUUAAACUCUUGACAAUGCAGUAACUGCAGUCUCAUUUAAUGGCAAUCCAAAGUGCAUUUAUUUUCAAGUUUGUGAGCAAGGUAUUUUUUUUUUGUAUAGUUGAUAUAUUAUGUAUAAUAUACACCCUCUGUUGAUUGAUUACAAAUCGUUUUAUAUUAAAUGUGUGAUAUAAAUGAAAUAAAAAAUAUUAUAUAAC